UCCCGCGGCAGGCCAGCGAUUCAGUGGCCCCUACCAGCGCCAUGGCAGCCCCCGGCUCCACCGCUGAUUGCGGCUACAUCCGGACCGUCCUGGGCCAGCAGAUCCUGGGACAACUGGACAGCUCCAGCCUGGCCCUGCCCUCUGAGGCCAAGCUGAAGCUGACCGGCAGCAGCGGCCGCAGCGGCCAGGCGGCCAAGAGCCUGAGGAUCCAAGAGCAGGUGCAACAAACCCUGGCCCGGAAAGGCAGGACUCUGGUGGUCAACGGAAAUCUUCACCGGACCAGCAGUGUUCCUGAGUAUGUCUACAACCUACAUUUGGUCGAAAAUGACUUUGUUGAAGGGCGUUCCCCUGUUACUAAAACCUAUGACAUGCUAAAGGCCGGCUCCACUGCCACGUAUGGCAGUCGCUGGGGGAGAGGGACGGCGCAGUACAGCUCGCAGAAGUCGGUGGAGGAGAGGUCCUGGAGGCAGCCUCUGCGGAGGCUGGAGAUCUCCCCUGACAGCAGCCCCGAGCGGCUCCACUAUGCGCCCAGCGACUUCCCUGUGGGCACGCGCGGCCCGGCGGGGCUUGGCGUGUGGCGCCAGGACAGCCGGCGAAGCGCCCCGGCGCCCCGCUAUGCGCGCUCCGAGAUCGUCGGCGUGGGCCGCGCGGGGGUCGCCGGCCGCCAGCGCCACUACGACACCUACCACCGCCAGUCCCGCUACGGCUCUGUCAGUGACACCGUCUUCGAUGGUGUCCCCGCGCACCCCUCUGGGCUCACCUACCCCCGGCCCAGCACCAGCCACAGCCUGGGCAACCUGCUGGAGAAGGAGAACUACCUGAGUUCCGUGGGGCAGGGGAGGCCACUGGCGCCCCUGCAGCCCCACAGGGCUGCCAGGUCCUCCUGGCACCAGAGCUCCUUCCACAGCACCCGCACACUGCUGCGGGAAGCCGGGGACAGCGCGGCACGGAGGAUCCCCAUGACCAUGACCGUGGGCCAGGCGGCAGCCGCGGGAAGCGGAAACGGGACAGUGCUGGUGGACAGGAGCGCUUUCACCGACUCCCAGCUUGGGAAUGCAGAUGUGGAGAUGACCCUGGAGCGAGCGGUGAGCAUGCUGGAUGCCGACCACACGUCAUUGCCCAGGGUGUCAGCUGCAGCCACCUUCAUACAGCACGAGUGCUUCCAGAAAUCCGAGGCACGGAAAAGGGUCAAUCAGCUUCACGGCAUCCCCAGGCUGCUGCAGCUGCUCAAGGUUCAGCAUGAGGAGGUUCAGCGAGCCGUGUGCGGGGCCCUGAGAAACUUGGUGUUUGAAGACAACGACAACAAGUUGGAGGUUGCUGAACUAAAUGGGGUGCCCCGGCUGCUGCAGGUGCUGAAGCAAACCAGAGACUUGGAGACUAAGAAGCAAAUAACAGGUUUGCUGUGGAAUUUGUCCUCUAAUGACAAACUCAAGAAUCUCAUGAUAACAGAAGCCUUACUCACUCUGACCGAGAAUAUCAUCAUCCCCUUCUCGGGGUGGCCUGAAGGAGACUACCCCAAAGCCAAUGGUUUGCUGGACUUUGACAUAUUCUACAACGCCACUGGAUGCCUAAGGAACAUGAGUUCAGCUGGCCCCGAUGGGAGGAAGGUAAUGCGAAGGUGUGAGGGACUCAUUGACUCCCUGGUCCAUUAUGUCAGAGGAACCAUUGCAGAUUACCAGCCAGAUGACAAGGCCACAGAGAACUGUGUGUGCAUUCUUCAUAACCUCUCCUACCAGCUGGAGACAGAGCUCCCGGAGAAGUAUUCCCAAAGUAUCUAUAUUCAAAACCGGAGUAUCCAGGCUGACAACAACAAGAGUAUUGGGUGUUUUGGCAAUCGAAGCAGGAAAGUGAAAGAGCAAUACCAAGACGUGCCAAUGCCAGAGGAAAAGAGCAAUCCCAAGGGCGUAGAGUGGCUGUGGCACUCCAUUGUGAUAAGGAUGUAUUUGUCCUUGAUUGCCAAGAGUGUGCGAAACUACACUCAGGAAGCAUCCUUAGGAGCUCUCCAGAAUCUCACGGCAGGAAGCGGCCCUAUGCCAACCUCAGUAGCUCAGACCGUCGUCCAGAAGGAGAACGGCCUUCAGCACACCCGAAAGAUGCUGCACAUUGGUGAUCCAAGCGUGAAGAAGACUGCAGUCUCUCUGCUAAGGAAUCUGUCUCGGAGCCUUUCUCUGCAGAACGAAAUUGCCAAAGAAACUCUACCCGAUUUGAUUUCUAUAAUUCCUGACACAGUUCCAAGUACUGACCUUCUCAUUGAAACUACAGCCUCUGCCUGUUACACAUUGAACAAUAUAAUCCAAAAUAGUUACCAGAAUGCACGGGACCUUCUGAACACUGGGGGCCUACAGAAAAUUAUGACCAUCAGUGCAGGCGAUGCCUAUGCCUCCAACAAGGCCAGCAAAGCUGCAUCUGUCCUGCUAUAUUCUCUGUGGGCACACACAGAGCUCCAUAACGCCUAUAAGAAGGCUCAGUUUAAGAAGACAGAUUUUGUCAACAGCCGGACUGCCAAAGCCUACCACUCCCUUAAAGACUGAGGAAAAUGAAAACAGACUCUCAGAAAAUUCAACCUCACUCUUCUCGGCUACAAAAAUCCCCAAAGGAAAACACCUAUUUUUCUACUAUGCAGCCCCAGAAGCCUCAGAAAGCAUGCCUUGUUUCUACCCUUUUCUAUUUCCAUGGUCCCCAGAAUCCAGAAAACAAUCAGAACAUAAUCUGUUAGGCUUCCAGAAGACUUUUGCAAGUUUGCCACCAGUAGAUACUUUCAACAGGUUCCAUUUUACCCUCUAUAAAUAGUGUUCUUUAUUAUCUGGGCUAAUGGGUCCUAGCCUCCUGGAACCAAAAUGUGAAUUCGUGUAGGGUGGACAUUAGGAGAGUACACGAGGAGAGAAGCUGUUGUAUUAGUAGGAUUUUUAAAGUUUGAUUUCCAUUUAUAUUCCUUUUCUGGUUUCUAUUUUUUGUCACUCAUCUGCACAUUGCUUCAUCAUUGAGCCACAAAUGUAUCAUCCUGCAGUGUCAAAACAGAGCAGAAAUGACAAAUAUUUAGAGUUAUCCAGAAGAAAGUGUAAUGGCAAAAAUUGUUUACUUUGUGGUUGGUUAUGUCCCUUUGGGUUCCCCCCCACACACCAUUUAAAUGCAGUUAAGAAAUUUAGAUUAGACAGCAUUCGUGACUAUAAGAAAAGGAAAUUGCAAGGAAGUAAUCAUAGAAAAUUUUAAAGUGUUUUCCACAGAGAAAGUCAAUUAUUGUUAUAAAAUUCGAUGUUCUCCCUAAGCACUGAGUAAAUGGGAUUUUUGCUCAAGGGAAUAACUUAUAUAACAAUACCAUGAGAUGCAAAUCUCUUCUAAAUAAUGGCAUUCAGUGUGAUCUCGUUCCUGGGCGUUUUCAUCCUGCACUGGACUGGUAGAAGAAUGAACUCUGCUUUUAGCUUCAAGAGGAGCCGAGGGCCUCUCAGGCUCCUGCACCAGCCUACAGCACUGAAAACAUAGUUCAUUUUAACGAGUCAGAUUGUUAAGCAGCCCAACUUUGUCCAACUUUAAAACAAAAACACAGAGCCACCAAAUCUCCUGUGAUUUUCCUCAGGCCAUUAUUUUAAAUCCAGGAAACUAAAGAAGAAAAGCAAAAUCACAUUGAGAAAGAAUAUAAGGUAUCGGGCCAUCCAGAAAUGAUGUGGGACAUGCUGACCUUCCAAAGGCGACAUUGGCAUCAGGGGAGCAGAUGUAUAUUAAAUGUUACUUUAACUGGGCUGUGAUUAAAACCAUGCACAGAGUAUUAGUCCUCUCAACUACCAUUCUGUUAUAUUUUGCUUCUUCAGUGUCUCCAACGUUUGUCAUAAGAAAGGAAGAGAAGGAAAAAUCUUUCAGCUGCUUUUGGCUAGGGAAAGAAAAUGUACUAGAAAAUAAAUUCCCAUUUCUGAUUUAAAUGUGUACUUAAGUCUUUCUUGUAUUUGGAACUUAAAAAUGUUUUCAAUUUUAAAAACUCAGUAAAGACAACUUAGGUUACUAA